CUUCAGAUGUUUGGCUAAGAAGGACCCAACAGUUUGUUUUAGUUGUUUUGAUAGCUUGAAUUAAAGUACACUCGGUGAGAUUUGAUUGCUACUAACUAUGGAUGAUAACUUUCCCUUUGCCGGCUACGGCUUGGUAGCGGUUGGAGUUUUGCUCACCGUUUGCAAGGCAGAAUCCGGAGAGCAUGCAAUGGCUGUGGUUACAUAUUUAAUCAUGCACAUCGUUCUUUUCUUUGGAGUUCUGCAAAGAAAUUGCAGUGCAGUUCAAGCGUACGCCAAGUUUGCAAUGUUGGUAUUUAUCAUUCACGUGGCAGCGAUCGUGAUAAAGACGUGCGAGGAAGUGCUCAAAUUGAAGCCACUGCUGUCGUUUGAGGUGCUGAAUUUGGUUUUUAUCCGGGCCGUGGAAGUUUUGUUCAUGUAUGCAUUGCUGCAGCUUGUGAUAAAAAUAACCGGUGACUUUGUUGAAAAGGUAAACAAAGAGCAAGGAAAUGAUGAUACGUCACCAUCGAAAGGGGAAAUAUCCUAGAAGGAAGAAAAUGGUUUACCUACUGGUAUCAAAAUAAAUUGUAAUAAUCAAAGUAUUAGUGCAAAAAGCGAAAAAGGAAUUGGAUCCACCGAUAUUGUCAUUGACGUCUCUGAUAACACUAUUGGAAUCGCAACUGAGCCUCUUUUGCCGAAUGCUGCCCCCGAAAAAUAAAUACAGCAAAAUAUGUUUUGAAAUUAACGAAUGUUAUUUUAUUUACUGACAUUAUUCCGUAAACACACUUUUGUUUAUUUAAGGCUUUGAAAAUUAAUUGUUCAAUUAAACUUACGUGCCUUACAAUGUAUCGUCCAAGCCAAAAAUAGAUUAAACCACUGCUGCGAAGUAUCGUGGCGAAUCCAUAACAGGAAGCAUUUCUUGGAAUCGAUAAUCAAAAGUGCCUUGGCAAAAAGUGUAGUGGUCGAAAAAAGGCUGAUGAUCAAAAUAGGGGUUGGGGUUGUCUGAAAAAUAGCAUAUUUAUAUUUGAGACACAAUAAGAAUCUUACGUUUGGGAAUAUUUGGAUGGAAGUACCUUGCAGACCAAACCGUAAGAAAGUUGGGCUUUCCAUACAUUUUUUCGAUUUUUCCCAUACAAACUUCACCUUCGAGUAUCAAUGGGUUAAUGUUGACCGAUUUUGCUCAUUUUUGGCCCAGAGUCCUAAAAUAGCUCAAGGAACAUUAUUCAGCUUGUGGAGCGAGGUUUUGAGAAAAUAUCCCAUAUUCCGGGCAGCCUAAAACAGUCAACCAUAACAAAAUCACGUUGCUGAAAUAAAGCAAAAAAUGUUCUAAAAACUAAAACAGUAUCCAACAAAUUUCUCAGCUUUC